AUGGCGGAUACCAAAACAAACGAUUCGCAAGCUGUGUCAGAGCACACAGUCGACAAGCUAGCAGGCGAGUUGAGAGAUUUACAAGAAAAUCGCACCGAGGAGAACUCUUCUGUCGAAGACCGCAAUGGAACCGGAGAUGUUGAGAAGCAGAUACCGGUGGAGGGUUGCGAGACUUCGGAAUCCCGCGAUCCAAACGUCAUUGACUGGUUAGGAGAAGGGGAUCCAGAACAUCCCCAGAACUGGACAUGGAAGCGCAAGGGACCGAUUGUUGUUCUCGUCGCAUUCAUCACAUUUCUCACACCCCUCGCGUCGAGUAUGUUCGCGCCCGGAAUUCCCGACGUGAUGCGUGCCUUCGGCAGCCAGUCGUCAAUCCUUGGGUCCUUCACCGUUUCGAUUUUCAUUCUUGGUUACGCGUGCGGUCCCCUGCUCAUCGCCCCCCUCUCCGAACUAUAUGGAAGAUCUCCACUGUACCACUGCUGCAAUUUCGGCUUCGUUGCAUUCAAUGUUGGUUGUGCGUUGUCCAAAAACAUGGGGACGUUAUUGGCCCUGCGAUUCUUCGCGGGGGUUUUCGGCAGUUGCCCGCUGACCAUUGGUGCGGGAACGAUGGCGGAUUUGAUCGUGCAGGAGAAAAGAGGGAAGUUCAUGGCCAUAUGGGCGAUGGGCCCAUUGUUAGGCCCAGUGAUUGGCCCCGUCGCUGGAGGUUAUCUCACCCAAAGCAUUGGAUGGAGAUGGGUGUUUUGGGUUCUGGCCAUCGCAGGCGGCGUUUCCAUGGUACUUAGCGGUAUCUUCCUCCGUGAAUCAUAUCCGCCGGUCCUUCUCGCCCAAAAAGUCCAAAAAAUGAGGAAGGAAACCGGGAACGAACAGUUGCGAUCCGCCCUGGAUGAUGGCCGUGCUCCACGCGAAGUGUUCAUGUUGUCCAUCAUCCGACCUCUGCGGAUGCUCUUCCUCUCCCCGAUCGUAUUCAUUUUCUCCGCCUACACCGCAGUCAUCUAUGGGAUCCUCUACCUCCUAUUCACCACAAUUUCGACCACGUUUGAGAACGUGUACCAUUUCUCUCAGGGUUCCGUCGGCCUCGCAUUCCUAGGGAUUGGCGUCGGUAGUCUGAUUGGACUUUUCUUUUUUGGUGCCGCUUCGGACCUCUUGCUGAAGCGGCUUGCAAAAGGGGGUGUGCUCAAACCCGAAUAUCGCAUCCCCCCUCUUAUUCCAGGCGCUGCCUUUGUUCCAGUCGGACUGUUCUGGUACGGUUGGUCCAUUGAGAAGGAAAUCCAUUGGAUAAUGCCUAUCGUAGGCACCGGCUUCGUUGGCGUGGGUAUGAUCGCGGUGAUGAUGACCGUCAGCACAUAUCUCGUCGACGCGUUCACCACCCAUGCGGCGAGCGCCACUGCUGCGAAUACCGUCUUCCGUUCCCUCGGAGGCGCGUUUUUGCCGCUCGCCGGACCGCCAAUGUUUAAGGCUCUUGGCCUUGGGUGGGGAAGCUCACUCCUCGGGUUUGUUACCUUGGCGAUGGUUCCUCUGACCUGGUUCUUCUUCGCAUAUGGAGAACGGAUACGGACGAGUCCAAGGUUCCAGGUCAAAUUUUGA